UCAACCAUCUUCGUAAGAAGAACAAACAGCUAAGUAGCUAACCAACUUUUGUGUGUGAUAAUUCAAAACUCAAGCAAGUGAAUAUACAAAAUGAAGUGCUUUGCAACGAUAGCUCUCCUCGCCUGUGUCUCGCUCGCCCGUGCCGAACCACCAGUGCCUCAGAAUCAGUACUUGCCUCCCAACCAAGGUGGUCAACAGCCCUCUAGCCAAUACCUGCCGCCUACACAAUCCUACCAAUCGCCCUCAAACAACUACUUGCCACCCCAACGUAAUAGCGGCGCUGGUGCAGGCGCGCCACCAAGCAGCAGUUAUGGUGCACCCGCCGCUGGUGCGCCCAGCUCACAGUAUGGCGCCCCAGCUGCGCCGAGCUCUCAAUAUGGUGCUCCAGCUUUGACUGGUGCCAUCUUCCCCAAACAACAAGGCGGUAACGGCGGUUACGGUAGCGGUAACGGAUAUGCCGGCGAGGAACAAUACGGACCUGCUAAAUACGAAUUCAAAUAUGAUGUGCAAGACUAUGAAUCCGGUAACGAUUUCGGUCAUAUGGAACAACGCGAUGGUGAUUUGGCUGUUGGCCGCUACUACGUGCUCUUGCCCGAUGGUCGCAAACAAAUUGUCGACUACGAGGCUGAUAGUCAAGGCUACCGUCCCACCAUCCGUUACGAACAGGUGAACAAUGGUUACAACAAUGGUAAUGGUGCCGGCGCCGGUGGACGCGGUGGUCAGGGCGGUUCAGGCUUUGCUGGUUACCAAUAAAGUGUUGAGCCCCCAAAAGGACGGGUGUCAUUGAAGGAGUGAGUGUAGAAGGCAAGCGCGUAAAGUUAGUAGUGAUGGUUUGUGUGGUAGAAAGAGUGGCAGUCAAGAGUGACUAGGAGAGAGAGAUUAUGUAUUUUAAGGCAUUUUCCAGUGCUUGUGCAUCCUAUCGCCAAGUGCAUUGCAUUUAACUUGUUUAGGUUUCUUAAUCAUUUCGAUUUCUAUGAUUGAUUUCUCUGAUUUCUUGAGUUUUUCCUUAAUUUUCUUCAUUAGUUUAAGUCAAACAGUUGAGAUUAUAAGCUUCAUUUAAUACGUAAGUAUGCGUGCGUUAAAAGCACUGCAUAAGCUUUCACAUUUUACAUUGACCUCUUCAUCCCUUUCCUCAACUGCCACACUAUUAUCGCCAACAACUUACUCAUUUCACACUACGCAUUGCCAACGAAGAUCCAAUCAGUCGAACGAUGCCCGUCACUUGCCAUUCGAUUUCCGCCAUGUACAACAACAAUAAAUCAAAGCAAUAAAGAACCACAACAACAACAAUUCCAUCGCUUUGUGGCGGAGCAGAAACAUUUGUUGUUAAAGAAAAUUUGUUAUUCGCUUAAAUGUAGCAGUUAUCUUUACCAUUAUCUUAGCCAAUAAGCACUCUCAUUUUUAGUAUAUUUCAACGAAAGCUUUUGAAAACUCACAACACAAAAGCAUACAAAUAUGUAUACAUAUGUACACAAGCAUACACUCAUCUAUCCAUAUUUUUUAU